AUGGCGCAGUAUCAAGGUUUGAAGCAAGAAGAAUCGAGAAGAGAAGAAAGAAGUCAAGAAGAUCUGGCACACAUUGCGCCAGAAACAGCAAUGCGCCCAUAUUUAUCCUUCACUCCAAUCAAUCUUAAUCGUUCAAAAAGCCUAAAUCCAAUAUCACCUUUGACACGAACGAUCGAUCCAUUGAGAGCUUUGCGCAACAUAGAUGUCUACGACGUACCAGAUGACGCUCCGAAUCUUCCCAUCCCAGGUGGUAAAAAGCGAAGAACUUCACGCUCGAAGAAUGUUCCCACGAAAACCUUACCCAAUGCAAAGUCACAUAAAAAUGCUACUGUUGAAGCUUGUGGUGCUGAAAUACUUGAGGUAGCAUCGCCGAAAAGAAGGAAAAUUCCUAUGAAAGGAGCGCAACCUGCAUUCAAGGUUCCCUCUAGAGUAAAAGCAAUAUCGGCCCAUCAAGGUCUUGAGCAAUUAUCCAACGAAUCGGGCGACAGACCUUCUGUUUCUCAAUUGAUUACACCAACUGAUACUCAGAAGAGAUCUAAGAAGAGAGCGCUUUCUGCCACAGUUACUAAGCGGAAGAGGUCUUCAGAAUUGUUUCAGAAUUCAACAAUUACCAAACCGUCAUUGUCUUGUUUCACUUCAAAGCCUCCAAGAGAGGAACCACAAUCCAUCAACCGACUACAAGGUUUCACAACAACUGAGGAACAGAUGAAACUUAAUUCGAAUGGAAUCGCGAACACGACUUUGCGGAAAUUAGCAACUUUUAGAUAUGUACCUCGCGAUGAGAAUCCAUUGGCAAAUCAAUCGGCUACUGCGAGCAAAAGAGAGGAUACUUGUGUAAGCCUAAAUGAGUAUCGUGAUGAAUCUAGUUUUGAAGAGUCAAAUCAUCCCUCAUCAGACUAUGGGCAUGUAUCAAGUGACACAUUUUUUGAAGAGGCUUUGUGGAUUCCAAAACAGCCUGUCGAUAGCAAUGAGCCUGACACUAUUUGUGUUAAUCAACCUCAAACCCAUUCUUUUUCUGAGAAUCAAUUGACCUCUUUCACGCAGCAGGAAUCACCCCAGAUUGAUUACUCGCUAACCCAAUCUAAUGGCCCUCUCACCUUUAGUGAAGGAACACCGGAGAAUGCUCUUGAAAAAUUCACCAAUAAUGACGUUGACAGGCAGCAGUCGCAACAAGUGCCAGCAACAACAUACAAUAGUGGGACCACUGACCUUGGUGAUAUGACUCCCGAGUCAUCAGAAUACAAUACACGUCUUCCAGAAGUUAACGGUCAGCUGCCCAACACAGGAUUCGAGCAAGAACAAGCUCAGAAUUCUCAGCAUUCACUGGCACUUGUGCCAACAAUUAGAGCCGAAACCUAUCAUAACGACAUUCAAUUUGAGCGAUCAGUCAUUGGAGAAGGCAUGCCAACGAUUACAGAACCUCCUCUAGAUUGUGUUGACAGCGAUAGUUUUGACGAUGACAUCGACGAUGAAGAUUUGUUAGCAUUGGUUGCAGAUCCUGUUAUUCUCCAAUCUCCCAUGAGAUGCCAAUUGAUCCAAAGCAUUCCAGUACGACUAUCUUCACCCUACAUUUCACAUAUUGUUUCUUCUUCACGCACGAGGACGACACAAUUACACGAUUUCGUCACUCUUUCGCAAGAAGUCACUCGCACUCGCACUGCAUCUCCACCUAUUGUAAUAGAUGAGGAUGGCGAUUUCCCAAUGGAUACUAGUUUGGAAGAAGAAUUGUUUCGACUCGCAGGAACAGGUCAAGUUCAAGGUGUUGUAGAAUCAUUCGAACCACCGCCAAGCUUAACCCUUCCGCGUGACGGUGAUGAUACUGACAGGGAAGUAUACGAUGAUACUCUUCAAUUCUCAUCACCUACGUCCCGAGAAUCAUUUUCUGAUGGAAUAGCGCUGGCCAAAUCUACUGAUAGAUCUAGUCCCUCGAAACCUCCAGCGGCACAAGAAGAUGCCGAUUGGGGGUAUAUUACAUCGACGGCUUUGAGAUCGGUCAAAGCCCCAGUCGUUCAAUGUUCCGAGGCCCUCGGCCAAUCAUUGAGAAGCACACCUCUAGAGAAAUUGUCUACACCUGUUCAAUCGAUUCAAACUAAGAUAUCGAAGAUGUGGCUUGAUGAUAGUCAUGAAUAUCAACACCUUGCACCAUUUGCUCGGCCGAAAUUUCCCCAAUUGGUUCAAGACCGAUGCCCAAUCAAUGGAUUAUCGUCUCAAACCAUUCUUCGGGUUUGUUUCCGGAUUGGUGAGAUGCUUAAAGAAGGAGGUCGAUGCAAUGCAUUAGGUCAAGACGCAAUUAUUGAGCUCUUUGCGCGUGUUAAUUUCUCAUCUCGAGAACCUGGUACUACUAAACAGCAUUUUCAAUUCGCAGACUUAUUUCAUGAUCGACCACCAUUUGCUAAGGGUAUUCUCGCGAAUUUCAAGACGACGGGACUGGCUGAGAGUGAAAGCAAAAUCUUCAUCGAAUCAAGCGAAUCGUUGAUGGCAAGAUGUUUGGGCAGAGUCAAGAAGGACGGCAAAAACGGUUCUUGGUUGUUGCAUAUCAUCAAUGUGAGAGUGACAGAUUGGGAAGAGAUAAGGUGGACGAAAAGAAUUGUUUGUGGAGAGUGUGGAGAAGAAGCCGAUGUAAAGACGAUUGCUACGGUUGCUAACUUAUGA